CUUCAACUGCAAAGGAACAAUGAAAAUCGGCUGUUCAAAACUAGUGUUAUUCUUCUGUUUUGCUCUCAUUCAUCUUCUUAUUCCCACAGCUGCCCAGAGACCCCUAAUCAGGUGUUAUAACACUGGUAACUACACUAGUAACAGUACUUACAGAGAAAACCUCGAUAGCCUCCUGACCACCAUGUUUAACAACUCCAAAAUCGAUUAUGGGUUUUACAAUUUAUCUGCUGGUGAAUCUCCUGACAAGGUAUACUUGAUUGCACUUUGUAGAGGAGACAAUUCACCCAGCGAAUGUCGAAGUUGUAUCAAUGGGUCAAGAUAUGAACUAUUAAAGGCUUGUCCAUACCAGAAGGAGGCUAUCGUUUGGGGUGAAACAUGUUCACUUCGAUACUCAUACAGAUCCAUAUUUAAUAUUAUGGAAGCUAGCACUGUAACAUACCGUAUCAACGGAGCAAACUUCUCAGACGUAGAAGCUUUCAAUAGCGUGCUAAGACCCUUGUUAGAUAGCCUAAGAAACCGUGCUGCAUCAGGGAAUUCUACUCACAAGUUUGCUCUGCAGAGUACGCCUGCCCCAAAGUUCAAAACCGUAUAUUCACUUGCGGAGUGCACCCCUGAUUUGAGCGAGCUGGAUUGCAACAGAUGCCUGCAGCGGGUGCAGAAUAUUAUACCACAAUGUUGUGAUGGUAGGCAAGGAGCGAAAUUUGUAACACCCAGCUGCGAUUUAAGGUAUGAGCUAUACCCAUUUUAUGAUUCUUCAGCUGAGCCACCACCAUUAUCGCCUCCACCACCGCCACUAGUCCCAUCAGAAUCCCCACCACCAGAUUUGCCUACAACUACACCAGGAAAGGAAAGUAACUCAUCUCGAACUGUAAUCAUUGUAGUAGUGAUUACUAUUUCUUCUGCUGUACUAAUCAUCUCUAUCAGCAUCUGCAUCUAUUUAAGAGCGAGGAACAAAGAAAACAAAGCUGAAAUUGAUACUGAUGAUCAAAUUAGUGUUGUUGAAUGCUUGCAAUUUGACUUUGGCAAAAUCAGAGUUGCUACACAGAACUUCUCUAAUGCUAAUAAGCUUGGAGAGGGUGGAUUUGGUCCUGUUUACAAGGGUAGGUUUCCAAACGGACAAGAAAUAGCUGUGAAAAGGUUAUCCAAAAAUUCAUCACAAGGAGAAAUAGAGUUUAAGAAUGAGGUCAUGUUAGUUGCUAGGUUACAACACCGUCAUCUUGUAAGACUUCUAGGAUUUUGCUUGGAAGGAGAUGAGAGGCUUUUAGUCUAUGAGUUUUUGCCAAAUGCAAGCCUCGACUGCUUCAUAUUUGAUCCCAUCAAGCGUGCACAAUUGAAUUGGGAAAAGCGAUACAAAAUUAUAGGGGGUAUUGCUCGAGGACUUCUUUACCUUCAUGAAGAUUCACAACUUCGUAUUAUUCAUCGAGAUCUCAAAGCUAGUAACAUUCUACUAGAUGCCUAUAUGAACCCCAAGAUAUCUGAUUUUGGUAUGGCGAGAUUAUUUCAAAUAGAUCAAACUCAAGGCAACACAAAUAGAAUUGUGGGGACCUAUGGAUACAUGCCUCCAGAAUAUGUGUUACAUGGCCAGUUUUCAGUGAAGACCGAUGUCUUUAGUUUUGGUAUACUAGUUUUGGAGAUGGUGACUGGACAGAAAAAUCAUACUUUUUGUGGUGAAAACAAUGGAGAAGGCCUUCUAAAUUAUGCCUGGAAAAAAUGGAAGGAUGGGACAACUUCUAAUCUUGUAGAUCCUACAUUACGCACCGAUUCAACAAUUGAAAUGAUGAAAUGCAUCCAUAUUGGGUUACUUUGCGUUCAAGAAAAUGCGGUUAAUAGACCAACCAUGGCUUCAGUUGUUCUCAUGCUUAAUAGUGAAUCUAUGACUCUAUCAAUACCCUCAAGACCUGCGUUUGUGAUGGACAGCCACACUAGAUCAAGCAUGGGGACAACACCAUCCAGAAGUAGCCCUGUCCAAGCCUCAGUAAAUAAUGUUUCAAUUACUGAAUUAGACCCUAGGUAGCGUUAGAUGGAAGUUGCAUGGGUUCAUGAUUCCUUCUUACAUUUUAAGAUUUCCAUGUUUGGGUAGAUAGAUUUAUUUUUUUGGGUUCAUUCUCACAUAUCCAUUUCCGUUUACGUUUUAUGAAAUCAAUUCGCCGCAUGUAUCCUUACACAAGUCAUGUGCGGUAUAUAAAAGCAAUUUUGGUC